CAAGAGGUUCUCGCGAGUGGCUAUGUUUGUCCUACUUUACUCUCCGUAGUGUGACGUAUAUUCAGCGAGACCAAGAACGAUGGGUCAGAGUCAGAGUGGUGGCCAUGGCCCCGGGGGUGGAAAAAAGGAUGAUAAGGAUAAGAAGAAAAAAUAUGAACCUCCGAUUCCCACCAGGGUGGGAAAAAAGAAGCGAAAAACAAAGGGACCUGAUGCUGCCAGCAAAUUGCCGUUAGUAACCCCCCAUACACAGUGUAGGCUUAAGCUUUUGAAACAGGAGAGGAUCAAAGAUUACCUGUUGAUGGAGGAGGAAUUCAUCCGAAACCAAGAGCAGAUGAAGCCUUUGGAGGAGAAGCAAGAGGAGGAGAGAUCAAAGGUUGAUGACCUGCGUGGAACUCCUAUGUCUGUGGGGACCCUGGAAGAGAUCAUCGAUGACAACCACGCCAUCGUGUCCACAUCUGUGGGCUCGGAGCACUACGUCAGCAUCCUAUCCUUUGUGGACAAAGAUCUGCUGGAGCCUGGCUGCUCUGUGCUGCUCAACCACAAGGUGCACGCUGUGAUUGGGGUGCUGAUGGACGACACGGACCCGCUGGUCACCGUGAUGAAAGUGGAGAAGGCUCCUCAAGAGACUUAUGCUGAUAUUGGGGGGUUGGACAGCCAGAUCCAGGAGAUCAAGGAAUCUGUGGAGCUCCCCCUCACCCAUCCAGAGUACUAUGAAGAGAUGGGCAUUAAGCCUCCCAAAGGGGUCAUUUUGUAUGGCCCCCCAGGCACUGGGAAGACCCUGCUCGCCAAGGCGGUGGCCAACCAGACUUCAGCUACAUUCCUGCGUGUGGUGGGCUCCGAGCUCAUUCAGAAGUACCUUGGUGAUGGGCCCAAGCUGGUGAGGGAGCUCUUCAGGGUUGCCGAGGAGCAUGCGCCCUCCAUCGUGUUUAUCGACGAGAUCGAUGCCAUCGGGACCAAGAGGUAUGACUCCAAUUCAGGUGGGGAGCGUGAGAUCCAGAGGACCAUGUUGGAGCUCCUCAACCAGUUGGACGGCUUCGACUCACGAGGGGACGUCAAGGUCAUCAUGGCCACUAACCGAAUAGAGACCCUGGACCCUGCCCUGAUCCGCCCAGGACGAAUCGACCGCAAGAUUGAGUUUCCGCUGCCCGAUGAGAAAACCAAGAGGAGGAUCUUUCAGAUUCACACCAGCAGGAUGACUGUGGCGGAGGACGUGACCUUGGAUGACCUCAUCUUAGCCAAAGAUGACCUUUCAGGAGCUGACAUCAAGGCUAUCUGCACAGAGGCUGGUCUAAUGGCAUUGAGAGAACGCAGGAUGAAGGUCACCAACGAGGACUUCAAGAAGUCAAAAGAGAACGUCUUGUACAAGAAGCAGGAGGGAACCCCAGAGGGGCUCUACCUUUGAUAUCAUUGCCAUUUCGUGUUACAACAAAGUGAUGCAUUAACCCCGAGAUCAGUAACCAUUUUGAUAUGUGCAUAAUAUGUUUUGUUCAGUACCAGACCUGAUGAUGGGCUGUAUACUGCUUGGUAGAUAAUAAAUGUCACAACAUGAAA